AUGUGUAAAAACAAUUGUAGAUAUCGAUCGGCAGAUGGCUCAUGCAACAAUAGGAAACACCCAGAAUGGGGAACCACGUUUUCACCACAAGCUAGAUUUUUGCCACCUGAUUAUGGAGAUCACUUUAAUAUUGGUAUAACACCACGUUUUAAAAGUGUAACGGGCCACAGACUACCUAGUCCGAGAGAGAUAAGCAAUAGUGUACAUGACGCUGGGAUGACAGCUCCUAGGGACCAUAUUUAUAAUAUCAACUUAAUACAUUUUGGUUUACUAGUCCUUUUUGACGUGAUAUCAACAACAUUUCUUCAGGGUCCGAGGAAUCAGAUAAAUCUGAAGACAUCUUAUUUAGACUUGUCAUUGAUCUAUGGUAAUUCUAAAGAGGGAGAACAGAGAUUUAGACAGUUUGGUUCAGAGGGAGAACAGAGAUUUGGACAGUUUGGUUCAGAGGGAGAACAGAGAUUUAGACAGUUUGGUUCAGAGGGAGAACAGAGAUUUAGACAGUUUGAUUCAGAGGGAGAACAGAGAUUUGGACAGUUUGGUUCAGAGGGAGAACAGAGAUUUGGACAGUUUGGUUCAGGGGAACAGAGAUUUAGACAGUUUAGUUCAGCAUAUGUGCCAGCAGUUAUAGGACAGGAUGCUAUGAUGAGAUAUGGCUUAAAAAGCACACGGUAUGGGCAUAACACUAUGUACAAUCCAACACGUGAUGCUACAACAAGCAAUGUUUUUGCAACUGCCGCUAUCCGAUUUGGUCACUCUACUUUUGAUACGUUUGAAAACGAUGUAAUCCAAGGAUUUUCUCCUGAUACUUUUCAGAAUUACAGUAAUAUUGUAACUAACUCUCCGUCAUCCUAUACACUUUUUACACGAUUUCAAAGCAAGACUGAUCGAUUUAUGACUGAUUUUGGACGAAACAAGGUUUGGGAAUCUGAACCUAGGAACAGUGUUGACACAAUGUCAUUUGAUAUCCAAAGAGGAAGAGAUCAUGGACUACCGUCCUACAAUAGAUGGAGGAAGUAUUGCGGAUUAAGACCAAUACUUCAUUUUGGAAAAGGCAUUAUGGGAUUUGCUGACCAUACUUUGGGAGCUAUCAAAGCUCUUGCUUCUGUAUAUAGACAUCCAGAUGAUAUAGAUCUCAUUUCUGGUGCGAUGGCAGAAAGACCUGUUUCAGGAGGAAUUGUUGGACCCACAUUUGCAUGUUUACUUGGCCAGCAGUUUGCUUUAUUCAAAACUGGAGAUAGGUUCUAUUAUGAAAAUGAUUUUUAUCCAACAGGAUUUACAACAGUCAUAAAUGUGAUAAGUGAAUAG